ACAGAACUUAUGUCUUCUUCUCUAUGAUCUCCAAGAGCACAAUUACCUCAUUGGCUGACCCUGCCACGUGUCGGCUCAAGAGAAAUUUUGCAACCCAUGAGAUAAGAAGACCCCACAAAAGCCAAAAAUAUUUUAAAAAAAGUGAAAAUUGAAAUAAAAAUGAAAAUUCGAAAGACUCGCUCCAUCUUCAUCUUCAACUAUGUCAACCGCCUUCCUCACCAUGCCACCAACAUUACCUUCACACUCCAUACGCUGCUCUUCUUCUUCACUGUCCUUUCAACCAAACACUGCAAAGCCCCAACCUUUCAUCCUCCCUAAGUCCACAAGCCUCUCCCUCCAAUUCAGGGAGAAGAUCCUCUGCCUCGAGACCCUCGGCGUCGACUCCGGGAAGGUCCUCUCCCGGAACCCGUCCCUCUGCACUUCCUCCCUCCAGUCCCUACACUCCAUCAUCUCCUUCCUCCGGUCCAAGGGCAUCCACCACAAGGACAUGCCCCGGAUCUUCGGGAUGUGCCCGAGGAUCCUCACCUCCGACGUCGAAGCCGACAUCGACCCGGUCUUCCACUUCCUCUCCAACGAGCUCUGGGUCCCCGAGAACCAGUUCCGGAGGGUCAUCAACAAGUGCCCCAGGCUGCUCUCUGUGGGCGUCGACGCACAGCUUAAACCUGCCCUGGAUUACCUCAAGAGGAUCGGGUUUCGGAACCUGAAGGCCCUCGCUUAUCAGGACCCGAUACUCCUGGUCUCGAGCGUGGAGAGGACCUUGAUCCCGAAGCUGAAGUACUUGGAGAGCAUCGGGUUUCAGGGGAAGGAUGCAGUGGGGAUGGUGCUGAGGUGCCCGGGGCUUUUCACUUUCAGCAUAGAGAACAACUUCGAGCCGAAGUUCGGGUACUUUGAGAUGGAGAUGAAGGGGAGGCGGUUGGAUGAGCUGAGGGGUUUCCCGCAGUACUUUGCGUUCAGCCUGGAGAAGAGGAUAAAGCCGAGGCAUAGAAAAGUAGUCUGGAGCGGAGUCGAGAUGGGGCUGCCUGUGAUGCUCAAGUCCACUGACGAUGAGUUUCACAACUUGAUUAGGCAAGGUCGUGUUUGAAUCAAUAAAACGCGAGGACUUUACGAGGUUGAGACGGGAGAUAGAGAGCCAUUGCACCGAACCCCAUCUUCCUUGAAAUUUUAACUCGGUCUGAAGUUUUAUGCUAGGAAUAUCUUGCAGAUUGAAGCUUUAUGGGUGCAGACCGCGGAUCCUGUCUGGCUAAUGUGAAGCCAGAGUUAACUGUGUAGUUAACAGCUAACAUUUGAGCUGUCGAUAUUCUCUCGGUUGUAUGCUUGAGGCCUCAAGGUUCGCUUAUAGCGGGUUCGGGUUUACAUGCCACCAUGUGUCCUUUCUAAGUUAGUAUGAAGAACCAAACUCAAAGUUUACUCUGUUGGUUUUUAGGUUUCAAACAAAGAAACCUGAUAAAGCAGUUCCUUGAAGAACCCCUGCAUCUAUCGAUUCUCAAAUGGCUUGUUUCCGAAUUGGCACACAAAGUUCCUUUAUCCUGAUAGAUAAUGGUAUCGAAAACUCAUGUAUCGAUUACAUAGUGUCGUCUGGCCCAUUAGUUAACUCCAGCUGUGAUUGUCUCUGGUUCCUGGUCUUCAAUGCAGUGUACAGCAGAAACUGAAGUUUCAAUGCGCAUGUUCGUGCAAGGUAAUAAACUUCUACUUCAACACGCAUAAUUGUCGCAUAAUUUAUUCUGCAUAAUGAUAGCAUGAUUGAUUCUCAGCCUUC